CCUCGGGAGGCGGACACAAUACGUACAAACAGCCUGGCCCGUAGAAGGGAAGGGUUAUUCCCCGCUACGGUGGGUGUGUGGAGAAGAGGAAAACCCCCUCUACUAAAUUUACCGCAUGCGAACAUGGAAUUUGAGGGCGAGGAUCAGCGGACGCUAAACGAGCUAGUGAGGACGCUGAGCGGACGUCUAGAUUUACUUAUCGACGGGGAUCAGCCCCCACACCAGAGAGCGGCCGGAGGAGGAGGGGGUGGGGGUGGGGGGGCAUCGCCAUCAGCAGAGGAUGCCCGUGGCCCUUCCCCAAGCGAAGAUGAGCCCCCGGAGUGCCGCGUAUGCCGCGGAGAACCGGAGCCCGGACGACGCCUUUACGCGCCGUGCCUCUGCAGCGGGUCCAUCAUGCACACCCACGAGGACUGCCUGCUGGAGUGGCUCCAGCACAGCGGGAAGGACACGUGCGAGCUGUGCGGGGCGCUCUUCCGCUUCACCCCCGUGUACGACCCAGGAGCUCCCACGUGUGUGCCGUUGUAUCAGGUGCUGACCACGUGCGGGAGGAAGGUGAUGGUGAAGUGGCUGCCGCUUUGCCUCCGGGUCCUGAUGGUGGCGGGGCUGUGGCUGCUCUUCGUACCCGUGUGUACCAGCUGGCUGUACCGAAUAUGGAUCCACCGGACAAGAGUGCUGCUGCCGCAGCUGUUCCUCCAGCGGCUGAACAUGGCGUGCAUCUGGAGCGACUGCAUCUCCGGCAUCAUCGUCACGGCGGCUAUCAUCCUGUCUUUCCUCUCCUUGAUGACCUUCGCGGACUUCCUCGCCGACCAGCUUCUCAGGGACGACUUCGGAGGCAUCGGUCUGGACGGGAUGAACCUAGUCGAGGCAAUGGCGGAAGCAAUGGACGACCUUCGCAUAGACAACAACAACAACAAUCAGGUCCACGAUCAGUUACCGCCGCCACUGCAGGAACCACAACAGCUGGGGCCACUGCCUGGGCACGCACCUGAUCGCAGAGCAAAUCAAGGCCACCGAGGGGGCCGGGUUGGAGGGGUUGGAGAUGCCGUUGCGCCUGCUGCUGCCGCUGACGCCGCCGCCGCCGGGCGCGGGGCGAGAGCGGCAGAACCCCCGACCGGUGGCGGUCGCCCGAACAACCGCGGGGUCGGCGAGGCCCAUCAAGGCGAGGCUUUGGCUGCGAUAGGGGAGCGAAGGUCAGCGGCUCCGCGGGAAGCAGAGAGCGGGGGGGCUUCGCCGGCCCCCCCUGCUGACGGUUCUGCUCGCGAUGCCGAUCAUGAUCGCCGAAUUGGCAACGAAAGCACGGUUGGUGGGGGCGGCGGCGGUGGUGCCCAUCGUGGCGUAUCUGCGGAGGGGUUGGCAACCGAAGAGAUAAAUCUCCCGAGGGACGGCGAGCGCGUAUCGGUACCCGAAGUGGCAGAAUCAGCGGCGGCGGCGGCGGAGCAGCGGAAUUUUGCGCAGCCCCGUUUCCGCCGGAACGUAGACCCGAUGGCCUACGACACCGACGACGCGGAAGGCGAGGAGGAAGAAGCGGGGCCGGGCGGCACGUUCCUGGGGCUCAAGUACAGAGCGCCGACCCCGCCCAGAAAGGUCCGCAUCGAGGACGACGACGCGACAUCGAGCAAGGAUGUUGCCAGUGCUUCUGCUGCUGACCCUGCUGAUCCUGCUGCUGCUGAUCCUGCGGGCGCACGGAUCACCGCGCGGACGACCAGGGAGGAGGCCAAGGGCGAGCAGCACAGUCUCGGACGCGUAGAUGGAGCGGCCACAAGGGUGGGGUUCUCGAGAGGACCGGCAGCGGCGGCGGCGGCAGCGGCGGCUGAAGCGCGCGCGAAAGCAGGAGCCGUGGGUGCAACGGCGGCGGCGGCGGUGGCGCCGAUGCCGAAAAUAGACGAGGAAGGCGACGACGACAACGACGAUAACGGCGACGACGCUGCUGCUCUCCGGGCAGGUGCGAACAACGCCGAGCCGAGGGUAAGGGCGGACGGAGGAGGAGGAGGAAACGGAGGUCGCUACGGAGGUGACGCACCCCCUAGACCGCCAACGCCGCCGCUACCGCCGCCGGAGAACGCCGAGCCGGCGGUGGCGGGAGCUGGAGCGGGAGCGGGGGUCGGGCCGGUACCGAGGGUCCCGCUGGCGGCGGACGAGGAAGAGGACCCGGAAGAUGACCUGAACGACGAGUUUCUCGACGGGGAUAUGGACGUGCACAUGGCCAUCGACGAGCUGCUGGGGAUCCGGGGCCCCGUGACCAUGCUGCUCAGGAAUGUGCUGUGGCUGCUGGCGUUUCACGGGGCAUACCUCGGGCUGUUCGCCUUCUUCCCGUUCUCGAUCGGCGCAAGCGUGACUCACGCCGUGUCCAAGUACCUGGACCCUCACGUGCUCGCCAGUCUCGGCGGUCGGUCGGAGUUGUACCCGGCCCUCAGGGAUGUACUGCAGGGGUGGUACGAGCUGGCCACCUCUUCCGAGGAGCAGGAGAACACGCUCAGGCUCCCGGACCUGGCGACCAUCUGCCUCGGGUACAUGGUCAUGUCGUCGAUGGUCUUCAUGUGGAGGGGCAUCAUCAACGCCAUCUCCAACCGCACCAACACGCAGAUCCUGCUGCGCGCCAAGAAGGCCAUGAGGGUUAUUGCCGCGGUGGUCAAGGUGGGGCUCCUGCUCUCCCUCAAGAUGCUGCUGCUGCCCCUGCUGUUGGGGGGUUGUCUGGACGCCACGACCCUACCACUGUUCGGGUGCACCGGCGAGGCAAGGGUCCGCUUCAUGGCGCAGCACCUCGUGGGGUCGUUGCUCCUGCACUGGGUGUUGGGCAUCACGUUCAUGCUCUUUGUGACAGUGUCGGUGCUGCAGCUGAGGGAGGUGGUGCACCCGGACGUGCUCUCGCUCAUCAUCAGGCCGCAGGAGCCGCACCCUGACCUGCUGGGCUCGCUGCUGCAGGAGUCCGGCCGUACGCACGCGCGCCGGAUGGCCAUGAGUCUCGCGAUUUACCUGGCCCUGGUGUUGAUGUUCGUUUGGGUGCCGACUAGGCUAGUUGGCACGCUCUUCCCGGCCGUGAUGCCCGUCCAGUUGGAACUCCGGUACGGUAUGCCGCAGCUGCAGAUCCCGGUGGAGCUGGUCAUCCUGCACCUGGCGAUGCUGGCGUUCCUCGAGAAGUACCAGAACCGCAUCGGGGAGAUGCAGCACACGUGGCUGGUGGCUGUGUGCGGCCGGCUGGGCCUGACGCGCUUCGUCCUGCCGCAGCCGAUCGUUGCCCGCUUGCCCCGCCCAGGCCCUCCACCCACCACCUUCGGUUUCUCUACCUUCGAUGACGCCGAUGGCGCUGGGGCCGGUUCUGCCGCCGUCGCCGCCGCCGAGGCCAACGGGGCAACGGCCGCUCCCGGCUCAACCCUCCGGCGACGCUCGGUGUCCUCGCGAGGGCUAGGCGCUUCGGGUGGUGGGGGAAGUAGCACAGAUGGUGCCGAUGACGAAGGGACCGAACAGGGGGAGGGCGGUGGCGGCAGAGGGUGGGGCGCGGCGGUGAAGGCUUGGUGGGACGGAGGAGAGGCGGGCAAAGAUGAGGAGGAGGGUAUCAUCGUAGGGCCUCCGUUGCGGCGCCCGCCCCCCGGGUGGGACGACCCCGCCGGCGUGGCACAGGGUAGGUGGGCGUGGGGCGCGGAGCCCCCCGGAGAGGUGCAGCUCAACCUUGCGCCGAGGCGGCGGCACGGCGCGCGCGCGGUCCCUCUGGUGGCGGUGCUGCUUCUGGCUGCGUGGGCGACGGUUCUUGUGGCCGCUCUGUGCCUCGUAGUCCUCCCGUUCCUGCUGGGACGCCUGCUGUUCUCGCUAAUCCACCUGCCUAGGCGCUGGACGCACGACACGGCCAGCUUCGCCGUGGGAUUGACUCUACUAAAGGCCGUUACCCCGACGCUCCACCGCGCCUGGUGCGCGGCGCGCCUCAAGCUCCUCGCCAGGCGAAGAGGCCCCGCCACCCCGCCCGCGCCCCGCGAAUCCGCCGUCAUCGCCGCCUCCGCGGCGGAGCUUGCGGCCCGCGCCGAGGCCAACCUGGCGGGGCUUAUGGCGGAGAGGGCGGGGGCGGACGGCGGCGGUCGGGCCGGCGGCGGCGGCGGCGCCGGUGGUCAGCACCGGGAGCUGGAGCUGCGGCUGCAGCGCGACCAGCUCCAGCAGGCCCGGCAGCUGGAGCGGCAGACGCGGCGAAUGAAGGAACUGAGGCAGCAGCUGAACCGCGUGAGAGAAGAAGCUGUGGCGGCGGCGGCGGCGGCGGCGGCUCCGUCCGGUGAGGGACAGGACGAGCUUGAGGAAGACACCGACGACGACGAAGAAGAGAAGGACGGCAGUGGCGGUGGCGGCGGCGGCGGCGGCGGCUACGUCAACGACAUCGCCUACCGCAAGGCGGUCGCCGUCCUGCUCGCGGAAGCGGAAGAGGUGACGGCGGAGAUCGAGGCGGACGCGGCGGCGGCGGCAGCCGCGUCCAAGACGGCCCGCUCCCGCGCCGCGGCGACCCUCCUCGCGGGCGCCGUCCUAUGGCUCGUGGUGGCGCCCCUCCUCGCCGCGGGACUGUUCGAGACGGCGUUCGUGGUGACCGCGCAGGCGUGGGCGGAGAAGGGACCGCUGGGGGCCCUCCCCUGCUGCAGCCAGCCCCUCCGCUCGCUGGCCCUGGGCAUGUUUCUGCUGCACGCCUGGGCCUACGCCUGCCGCGCCAGGGUGCCCAGGUGGAUCGCCGCUACGCGGAGGGCUCUCGGCAUAGCCCCUAGGGCCGGCGGCGGCGGUCGUGGUGGCGGGGAUGGGGUGGAGGGUGGUGAUGACGGGGGGUUGGAAGAGAGGCCGCUCUUCUGGUGUGAACGCGUCGAGGCGGCGCUACUCCAAGUGGAGGCUGGUUUGGCCCACGGGAGCUGGGCGGAGGUUUCCCCCCACGGGGUGUUGUGGAAUUUCGCUGGCGCCGUAGUGGUUCGGCUGUUGGCCAUGGUUCUCAUUCCUACGGUGGUCUCUCUUGUGGCCGGCGCCUGGAUGGGUGCAGAUGGCGCGUACGGGCAGUUUGUGCAGGUAAGUUGGGACACUUCAGGGCGGCUCUUUCGGCCCUCACGCUCACCAGGGCCUCGGCCUACCUCAUCCAGCCCGUCCGGGCUUGGCUAAAGGCUCUACACGACGGCGUUCGAGACGACCGUUACCUGGUGGGGAUGAGGCUGCAGGACCACUCGGAUUAGGCCCAGCAAGCUGAUCCCAGCCCUGACGACAACAACAGCACAGGGUACGUGGCGAGAGCAGGGGCAACGACGGCGACGCCCGGGAACACAGGUGUCGCUGCUGCUGCU